ACUUUAGGUUUUUUGAAAUGUACCUUUAUCAGCCAGCUUCCCAAACAUUUAUUGAAUAUAUUAUUGAACUAAAAGAAACGUUUAACGAAGCUCUCCAUUGAGGUAAAAAAUUGUCUAAGAAUACACUGAUGUUUCGGAAAAUGAGACUAUUUGAAUUUAAACCCUUACAUUAUAAAUAGCUGAAAUACAUCACCAAAAUAAGCUAGUAAUAAUUGUGGAUUUUCUAAACUUGGCAUGAUUAGUACACGAAAGUGCUGCAGUUUUAAGUGUAUAUUUUCAUAGUGAUCAUUACAAGUCAGCAGCAUAUGAUACAACUGCUCCGUUUAUAAAUUCAGGGACAUAAGAAUGCACUGCUGGUAUUAACGUCUGCUUUAAGCUGAAAAGUGAGUGAGCACACUUCCGGUUGGUUUCUAACUACUUGCGGCUGACUUACGAGAGGCUUUGAAUUGACGCAGCCCUCUUCUCGAGGUUCAGCUGCUGUAGACGUGUGCUGCAUGUGCAGCUUCGGAAAGUCUUCACCACGAAGCAACCGUGGGUCAUCACUACGGUCCACGCGAGCAACGAUUCAUGUGUGGGAACCGUCAAGGCAGACUGAGUGAAUGGAUCCGCAUUUACACGCGUCAUGCCUUCUAUAAAAUACACGCUCACUGCAGCUGCUCUUUUGAUUAUGAUAAUCUAAUUGCUCCCUCUGGUGUUCAGCUCUACCACAACCGCUUCCAAUUGAGAUAACAUCCCUAAAAUAAGUCGAUGGUAGCGGUCCAUUUGCAGAUAAAUCAAUGGGAUUGUUUGUGGUCGCGUGCACAGACGGCUUCCUUAAGUGAUGCUUAAGCUAAGCAGUUUUACUGUUUAGUUUUUCAGUGAAAUACAAUGAGGUCAACAAAGGCCUGACCUCUGAUGUUAAAGAUGAAAUAGAACAGAAGCUGGACUGGAGGCUGUGGGGCUCUGAGGAGUGCUUAAACUGCUUGGGUUAUGCUGUUACAGAGUUACGAAUGCAUCGUAAGGUCUUUAAGUGCAUCCAAAUGAUAUUUAGUUGGUGUGAACAGUGACUGCCUCCUGCAGACUCAGUAGCCUAGUUUCAGUUCUUUAUCGGUACAUUUGGUUUUCAUUUACAGACCCUGAAGAUCCCCUCAGCACAGUCUUUCCUGAUUCUUUAGUUUUCGUGUUUGUAGUCUCUUUAUUUGUGUAUUUAGAAGAUGAUUGGCUAAAGGAGCGAGCUUGUAGAAACCUCCUGUGUGCAAGUCUCAUUUCAAAGGACUCUUAUAAUAACAGCCAAAUUUAGCAGGUUCAAGCAGCUCAUUUCCCUUAGCCUGCACAAACGCUGUGUGCGCUCCUCUGGCUGACGUAUGAAAUGUGAUUUCCUUGAUUCAUAGAAUAGGAUACGUUAAAAUGGGAGGUGUGAGAUGUUGGCGUUGCCUCAGUGAUGGAUGCUUCUUCACCUCCAAAGCAGUCCUGAAGCCAAGAUUGAAGAGCCCGUCUCUGGUUAUGGUGCACUUAAGGACCGAAUCAAUUUACUUGCCACUCUUUCCCUAGGCCAACCCACUCCUGCGUACCUAUUUUAGGAAGCAAUUAAAGUAAAAGAAAAAGACUUGCGAGUGCCAAGAACAUCUGAUCCUGGUUCACAACCAACAGGUUGAUUAAUAGCAUCCUCUCUUUUUGAUUUACCCGUGUCAGAGUGAUGUAGGGUUUCUGGGCCGCACGUCCGCGUCAGAUCGCUGUAUUUCAUUCAGACGAUUCACGGGCCCCGUGAGAAGGUGGCUCAGUGACGAAGUCCACAGUGACGAGAAGUGAAUUUAGUAAUCAAGGGGCCGACAGGCCCCUCCUCCCAGCUCGGAGAAGUAUAAAUAUAUUGACGGGAUGGUUUUAAGCAAGUGGACAUCUAGCCUUGCUCGAAGGAGUGCUCACAGUGCGAAAUCCGCUUGAAACAUUACAUUGAAUGCCAUGGACAGGGUUACAGCUGUGAGCUACUGUUUAGGACUCCUGAGUUUGUUUCUACUGCUCAAUGUAGACGGGAGGAGCAUAUUUAAUCCAGGAAACCCUGCUUUCAGUCAGAAAGAAGACACAGAUUCCCAGAGCAAGAUUCUGGCACUAUUACUGCACAAAAGCUUGGUCCCAGUGGAAAAGGAUGAUCCUCUGGGUGUUGAGCUGGCUAAUAAAUUAGCUGAGAUCGAGGAGCUGAGAGUGCUGAGGGAGGACCUGGAGCUGGAGAGGAAGAUUACAGCUAAUAUGGUAGAAGGCAAAUCCAUAACAAGGAAACGCGGAGAACCCUGCUUCUGGAAGUACUGCGUUUGAGACGGAUGCGAGAGGAGGAUAACCACUGUGAAAUCUUGCUGCAAAGCCCAACAUAGCCUUAAAACUCAGACUAGCAGUAGUAUAAUCACACUGUAUUUAUCCCAGCAAUAUAGAGAUGUAACAUAGUUGUUUCAUUAAUAAAGGUUUCGUUUCACCGUGGCUUUACAUCUAGAAUCUGUAAAUAAUCAGCCGCUCUCUGGAAAUACUUGAGGGUCACAUAUGACGAAACAUUACACAUUACGUUACCUGAGAGUUUUCUUUGCAUGACACGUGUGUUUCUGUCGCCCUCCUGCGGUAGAAUUGGGAAUUACAUGCUUGUUUGUUUUUCACACAAGUUCUAUCGCCUCAUCACUGCUCAUAGAGAUGCACCGCUGUUAAUUUUACUGUGUAAAUAAAAUCAU